AUGACGGAACUGCGGGUGGACGACCUGGACCCAGAAGACAGGAUGAUCUUCGACAAGUCUCCCUUCAUACAGAAGCGCUUAGAGGACUGGCAUUUCCGUGAAGUCCUCAACUUCUUCCAGACCAGCGUCACAAAUGACAAGAAGUGCAUUCGCACCAUUGUGGAGAGAGAAGUGGACGGGAAGCUGCUGUCUAGCAUGAACGAUGAAGAGAUGGCUGCAGCUCUGAACAUGUCCCUGGUGCAUGUCAAGAAAUUCAGGAUAAAACUGAAGAGAAUUCAAGAAGUUUUCAGUAAGGACAUGGAUGAAGAGGAAACAGAGCUCAAGUCAUUCUUGAAAGACAACAGCCUCGGACAUCUCUUUAACAAGUUGACCAUCAGCAUGAAUAUAAGAUCAGUUGCGAAGUUGAAGGAAGUUGUAGACAACGAAACUUUGGACACCGCUUACCUGCGAAUCAAGUUUGCGGAAGAAGUCAGGCAAGAUGUCGCUUCCUGUGUGCCGUUCUUGACGCACGAGGCGUCAGAUUGUAACAUCUGUUGUCGUUUAGUUUCAGGAGCACAAGCCGCUGGCUCGUUCGCCCCGAUGCGAGACUCUGGUCCCGGUCAAGUUUUCAUGUACAAAAGUGCAGAUCAACCACGAGAGAAGUCGGGGAGAAAUUCAGAGACGCCGAAAGUCCUCAAAUCUAUCCCAAGCAGGAGAGUGUAA